GACACUUGAUGUUUUUGGUUUGUUUUGACGUUUUUAGUGUACUUUAAACUAAUUUUUAAUUAGCAAGUAAAUUAAUAAUUAUGAACAUUAAUUUUCGUAAUAGAUUAUAAAGAGAUGCACUAAACUAUGUAUGCGUAGAUAUAUUUUAAAAUUAACUGUGUUUAUAGCUUCGUAUAUCGAAUUUGUUUGAAAUUUCUACAGGAGACAAUAAUGGCAGAUAAUCUAGUGCUAGAUUGGCUGGAUGAAUUCGAAGCAUUAACAGAAAGUGAAAUUCACACGUAUUCUACAGAACAAGAACAUAAUCAUGAAGUUAUGAUAGCACUGUACCACGUUUUAUCUGAACCACAAAAAUACAAGUCUGAUCAUCUAAUUGAUGGAAUUUGCCAACAGUUGCUAAAUUUUUAUAGAUCCGGGGAGGCUCAUUUAAGAAGAUUUACUAUACAGUUUAUUCCUACUUUGGUCUUUUUACAUCUUUCAGAUAAAUCUUAUUCUGCUAUCCAAACUUUAUUAGUGAGUUUAUACAAUUUAGAAGUAAUCGAUUCAAAAGGUCAACCUAGAACUGUUUCCUUUCGAAUCCCUAGUAUCGCCCAAUCUUCAAUAUACCACGAUUCCAGUAAUUUAGAACCAGCUUUCAUAGCUGAAAAUUCCUUGCGAAGAUGGGAGGAAUGUAAUACGAAAUUAGUUAGUUGGGGUCCUCUACCUCAAGUGGAUUGUCUCAACGCCCAGAAUAGACAAAGAGUCGUUACGGCUCUAAUUUUCCUAUACAAUCAACAAAUAUCCAACGUUAUCAUCCAAGGUAUAGAGCAAACUUGUAGAGGAAUAUCCAGGUUAGUAUCCCAAGGAUUCAACAACACUUCGGAAAGCAAUAGAAGUUCCUUAGCCAGUGAUAGUAGUAUACAAACAAGUUUAAGACCAAGAAUACCGGUUUCGAGCCCAUUAUUAGUUGAAUUGCUUCAUAUUAUUUACCAUGCAGCUGAACGAUGUGCCGUUGGGGCUGUUCAAGCCCUCCACGACGUUAUACAUAGAGCUAAAUAUGAAUCAUAUGCAGAGGUGUUGUUAGCUGCUAAUGCGAUUAAAAAUCUCCUCCAAAACUCGCCUUCGAUAAGUGGAGUUACCCCAAGACCGUCUCAUACCCACAGUGUGUCAAAAUCUAUGAUAACAAAUGCGUCGUUUAGAACGAAAAAACUUCCAGAUGACAUUCCCAUCCAAGACCCCAAUCAGACCGUACUAGGCGAAGCCGGUUUGGAUUCGAUAACCGAAGAACAAGAAGAUACGGAAAAAUCGAAAAGUAAAGGGGCCCUGAAGCAUUUACCGAAGAUACCAGGCAUCGGUAAGAAGCACAAAGUGAAAAAUAAUCCGCAAGGGGAUCAGAUCGAUAGCGGAGAUGCCCAUAACGAAAAUUUUAUGAAUGAUACUAACCAUUCUGUUCACGUUAGCGCCGUUUAACUAUAUAUAAAUAUUAAUAACAAUGCUCUAGAUUCGAAGAAAGGUUUUAAUAUUUUCAUAUUACGAUACGUGGAAAUUUUUAGGGUCUGAUAUGAAGAAAGGCGCAUCGACGAAUACUAUUGGAUCAGAGAGAGAAAUAACUGGAAGGAUUUUCUAGUACAAGUACGGUGAGUCGAUUAAAUUUGUAUUAAAUCACAUUUUUAUGUAUUUAAAACAUUGAGUCAAGUAAUUGUUAUGAAACAAAAAUGUUUUGGUUAAAAUAUAUGUUGGACAAACAAUUAGAUUGUUUGAAUAAAGUAUUAACGUACAUAUAUAAUACUAGGAAAUCGAUUUUGGGGGAAAUUGUAUUUUUAAGGGAAAAUGCAAGUAGGAAAACAAUUUUUUUUUAAUAUAAACAAUUGUCAUUUUUUAAAUACCUACAGAAAAUAAUAGUAUUAUUCAACAAUAAUAAAAAUCUAGUAGUUGAUUUAGCCACCGAUUUAAAAUUUUAUAAACAAAUCAAAAACUUGUUCGUAAAAUGAAAAAAUGUGUCAACGAAAAGCUUUUGGAUAUACAAAGCAAAGUAUGUGGAUGAAAAAUAUCGAUUUUCAAGUUUUUCUUUGAUCAUUUUUCGCUUUAUUAUACCAUGCGGUUGAUAAUUUAUGAUAUUGCAAUACUAAUUUUAAUAGUUGGCUAUUACCUUCUACAUAGCAAUCGUUUAUAAUUAAAAAAAUUAAAAUUAUUAGUAACUUGUAUUAUUUUUUUGUUAUAAAAACCUUUCUUCUAAUUAAUGGGGUGGUAGAAAUACUUAUUUUUUCUAUAAAAGUGUACCUCUUUUCAAAAUUUUGAAUGUUCCUGUUUAUAUUAAUCGAAUUAUGGAUAUUCGAAAUGUUUAAAUGAAUUUUUAUCUUAUUUAUUUUACAUUGAUGUGAUUUUUAAAAAUUUAUGAAAUCAAUCGUUAAUUUAUUAAUAUUUCUUGGUAUUAUUUAUACUUUUUGGAACAUACUAUAUAUAAAUAAACAUAAAUUUAUUUAUUUUCUCACUUUUUAGACCUUUUUAGCAUUAUUUUUAGUUAUUAAAUGUGAUUUUAGAUCUAUUUUAUUAAAUAGUGUGUCUUUUUUGAAUUAAUAAUGAUUUUUGACCUUUAAGAUAAUUAUAGUAAAAGCAAAAACAUUCUAUUUAUUAAAAUUAAUGUGAAAUCAAAAACGUUUUUUCAAUAAAAUUGAAAAUUAUACAUAAAAUUAUUUAUGAAUAUAUUGUUACAUUUUUUUUCUUCGAGAAUUGUGCCUAUAUACUUAAAUUUUCCUAAAAAUAAUUCGGGUUUAUUCAAUUUUAAUUAAUUUAAUCGUUUUAUGAUAUUCUAUCGAAGUUCUAGUCAAAAAUAACCGAUUUUCAAAUAGUGGGACAUUUGAACUACUUACCUUGUUUUGAAUAUUUUAUAAUGAUAUAACAUUUACAUAUAUUAAUUUUUUUAUUUAAUAUUUGUUAUAUAAAAAGAAAAUUUUAUUAAUUUCAAUUCGUGUUUCAUUUAACUUGCCUAAAUGUAAAAUUCUAGAUUUCUAAGCAUUAUAAUGACUAGUUAGAUUUCCAUAAUUGAAUAUAUCAUUAUAAUAUUUCCUAAAAACGUUACUAUUCAUUGAUUUUCCAUUUUUUCCUGUGCAAUUUUUAACAAAAAUUUCGAUUUCUUUUCGUUAGUUCGAAUUUUUCAGUACUAACACCUCAACUAACGAUCACAGCAUCUAAAAACGUAUAAUUGUGUAUCUCACCUUUUUUUCAUUAAUUUUUCUUACACUAUAUUACUGAAUUUUCCAAAUAUUUGAUACAAAUCUAAUUUUUCUUCAGCUUUUUUUAAAACUUUCCUAAUAAUUUCGUUUUAACGAAUGAGUCAUUGAUAUAUUAUGAUGUUGAAUUAUUUUCUUCUUUUUCUUGUAAAACUAUAAAGCCUUGUUAGGUUAUAUAUUCAUCUAUUAAUUAGGAAACGUCUAACUGUCAAAUUAAAUUUCAAUAACAAAUUUUUAUUAUUCAAUAAAUCAUCAAUAAUUUAUUUUUUUUUUAAGUGUAAUUAAAAAUUUGGGCAGGAAAUUUCGAAAAUAAAAACGAGUUAAUUAAUCAAAAACGAUAUAAUUCGUAAAAGUAACUGAUGACAUUUUUUAUAAGACAGAAGUAAAAGACGUCAUUUAUUUUCAUAUAUACGAGGUUGGUUCGAAUAAUACAGUAAUUAAAUGCACUUAUUUAGAAUGUUAAUAACAAAAAUAAAUGUUUAGCAAACUUAUAAUUUAUACGAAAUAACUCGAUUGGAUAAAAAAAUUCGAAAGUUUAUGUUAAUUAAAAUACAUUUUGACUAAUGUGUAUUUGUAAAUUGUAAAAUAGUCUUAGGUGUUUGUUAUUAAUAUAUUGGUGUAUAGCCAUGGUUAUGGGCGAGAUCUGUUGUAUCGUUGAAUAAAACAUCCUUUGAAUGAA